GCUUAUCUUUACGGAAGCGCAGCAACAAUAAGGGUUUUACCAAAAUCAAUUGAAGUUCUGGCAAUUGAAAUAGAAUUUUUUGACUGCGUGGCUUCUAGUUGUGGGCGUGUUCGCAUUUUUGGACCAGUCAUGAACAAGUACUUAUCUGUGCUACUGCUAUCCGUGGCAAUUGCUGGAGCUGCUAAGCCAGAAGAUAAUGAAUCGUGCUACUCCUUUGCCGGCGGGAACGUUUAUCCCGAUCAGCCAAAGGGCGACCAUCAAUUGCAGUACACCAAGGCAGUCAUUUCCAAGCCAGCCCCACAGUUCGAGGGAACCGCUGUGGUUAACAAGGAGAUUGUGAAGCUAUCGCUGUCCCAGUAUCUGGGGAAGUAUGUGGUGCUACUCUUCUACCCACUGGACUUCACCUUUGUCUGCCCCACAGAGAUCAUAGCCUUCUCCGAUCGCAUUUCCGAGUUCAAGAAGAUCAAAACGGAAGUGAUUGGGGUCAGUGUGGACUCGCACUUCACCCAUUUGGCUUGGAUCAACACGCCGCGCAAGGAGGGAGGUCUGGGCAACGUCAAGAUUCCACUGCUCUCCGAUCUGACGCACAAGAUCAGCAAGGACUACGGAGUCUAUCUGGAGUCCAGUGGACAUGCCCUGCGCGGUCUCUUUAUCAUCGAUCAAACCGGAGUUCUGCGCCAGAUCACCAUGAACGAUCUGCCAGUGGGACGAUCUGUAGAUGAGACUAUUCGACUGGUUCAGGCCUUCCAGUACACGGAUACCCAUGGAGAGGUGUGCCCAGCGGGUUGGAAGCCAGGUGCCGAUACGAUCGUACCGAACCCAGAGGAGAAAACCAAGUAUUUUGCCAAGAACAACUAAGGACAGAUGACCAUCCCAUUAGCAUCCAAGCCCAGUUCAUUCCAAGAGUUCACGACUGAAUCACGACUAAAUCGAACAAUAGACCCCCAUCGCUUGAGUCCGCUGUACAAAGUCCGUAAUGCCACCGAUUGCAAAUGGUUUGCAUUUGUUUUGUAAAAAAUGUAGUUUGUUUAUUUUACAGCAUAACUGAGAGAUAAAUAAAUUGAUGAAGUACAGGUUUAA